UAUAUCCGCUAAUUGAGACUCAGCAGGAGGCGUCUCAAUCAUUCUCCGAGAUUUCAUCUCAUGGCUAAUGUUUGGCUAAUAUAUAUUGCCAAAUCAAAGUAGAUAAUAUUAGAAUUUAAUAGCUGUUAAACACUACAUGUGCAACACGUGUGCUUGGUUAUAAUGCGAAUUUUAAUGGCUACAAUUGGAUAUCCCCAAAUUCUUAAAUAGUGCCGUGCAGGAAUCCCGACUCGCUACAUUAGAGGUCUAGUCAAAGCCCUCUCUCAAAUUGGGUCAAUAACGAACAAUUCUAGCAACUGCUAACUUAGGUGUCUUACAAUGAAGCCAGUAGAAAAUAAAGAUGAACUAAACCAUAACUGUCCAUUAAGUAUAACCUGAAUGUUUUGGUAAUAAAGUUUCUUGAUUUGGUGCGACUUCAGUAGCAUAUUGAAGUUCCACUACAACAUAAUAAUAACAAUGUGUUUUUUAUCGUAUGCAGAACUUUUCUUGGCUUUACAGUGGAGGUUGUACAAGCAGCUAUUUCUGUCCUAUGAAUAAUUGAUCAGCCUCAUAAAUAGAAUCCUUCCUGCCACAGAGGCUCAGAGUCUCGACUUGUCCUGCAUGUCCACCAGCUUUGUUUUAGGUUAGUAGGCUAGCUCAUGUGGACAGGCGGGGAGGGAGAAGGGUGGGGGAAAAAAUCCUGUGCAGGCUGAGAGGACACACUUCUCCCCGUCACGUGUAGCAGCUCUUUGUAAAAGGUUACAGCGGCUGCCUUUAACCCUUUGGAACCCUCGGAGGUCGCAGCCGUGCGCCGCGAGCGCGCCGUGAAACGUUUCAGCACACCUGGAAGCUUGGACGUGUCUUUUUUUUUUUUUUUGUCUUUUUUCUUCUUUUUCUUUUUUUCCACCUCCUUUUCUUGUUUACAACUUGCACUUGGACUCAUGGAAGCCACGCGCGGACAGCCCCCACGCUGCGGAUGAAGAAGGGUGAGGUCCUGCGUGGGUUCGAGGACAUCUGGAUCAAAUGUUGGGGUCAGAGGAGCCUUUCAUCUUGCAGUCAGUUGCAGAGAGAACAGAGCGAGGAAAGGGAAACUGAGACCAAGGCUCCCCGAGAGGCAAACAUGCUGAGGUAGACAGAACGGCCUACAUCCUGCAGCCUGCGUGGAGAUCCUGGACGCUUCGUCUUCAGCUCAGCAUUCUGCUGUUUUGCUGUUACAACAUAUAACAGUCGAGACUGGAGACUGGUCUAAUUCACUUCUGUUCUUUUGGACGCUGAAAGGAGAACCCCCGAAAGUGGAUAAAUGAGGGUUGCCAACGUUAAACUUCACUUGUUCUUCAUCUUUUUGAGCUAUAUGGACACUUGAGUCCCAAACCAUAAACAGACUGCUUAUUCCAGGAGGCAAGGCAUUUUCAUUACAACCUCAUUAUUUCAAAGUGGCUGCUAUCUGUUGCAAGGAUGGAAAAUUUGAGUCCAACUCUGAAAACGUUGAAUAAACCCUCAGGGAACAACCUCAACAGCAUCGAGACCUUCAACGGUUAUGACGAGACUCUUCAAGGGACACCGGCUCGCUUGGGGCGUCUCAUCAAACCCAAGCCCAAUGUUACCUGCAGACGGAAGCGUCAGUUUAUUUCUGAUGAGAAAAAGGAUGCCUCCUACUGGGAGAAAAGGCGCAAGAACAAUGAGGCUGCCAAGCGCUCUCGGGAGAAGCGUCGUCUCAACGACAUGGUGUUGGAAAACCGUGUCAUCGCACUGAAUGAUGAGAAUGUGAGACUGAAGACCGAGCUGCUCCAGCUAAAGCUGCGCUUUGGCCUCAUCAGCACAGCCUCGUACAUUGAAAAGAGCCAACAGAUCAACGUGGCAAAUGAUGGCGGAAACGGAGGUUCUUCCUCGUCCUCCUCGUCUAAUCAGUACUACUCCAGCGGUUACUCAAGUGGUUCUCAGGUGAUGAUUAACUCUGACUCCUCGGAAACAGAGCAGUCGGGACACGGCGAUAGCCACAGGCAGCUGGUGAAGUACUCUCCGCGCGGCUCCCUCUCCGAUAUGUCCGACGGUUCCUCGAGGGACAGCCCUGAACCGAUGCCAUUUGAAAUCAAACAGGAGGGAGACAGGCUGGAGAUGGACAUCACCAGUGACACCACAACUCAGAUUAUGUUCAACAUCCACAGGGGUCCGGCAUCUGCAUCCACAAGCCACCAGAUUAAGCAACAUCAGGAGAUGGAUGCUGUGUAUCACCACCACCCGCACCUCCUUCAGCAGCAAUCCCAUCAGGUGACAGUCGCUGCUGUCAAAACUGCUAGCCAGACUGUCCCUCACCCACCUGCUGCCCAAAGAAGUGUCAUUCUGUACGGCGCCAGCAGUGCCUCCUAUCCCGUUGACGUCGUCACCAGGCCCCAGAAUGUAGAUCUGCAAGUAGCCUUAAAGCACAGCAGUAGUCAACUACAGCAGCCCAUCACAGAGACCUCCAUUGAGACGCUAGCUGAGGUAACAAAGCAGCUGGAGAGAAAGACAUUGGACUCUCCUCAGUAUGAGCUGUCAGACAGCUUUAAUGAGGCUAAAGAGAGAGAGGUGUAUAGAGUCUGUCAACCUACUCAACAGCAGGAGGGUGGAUCACCCAAAGAGCUCCUCAGUGAACAGGCGGAAGGGGUUAGGCACACCCAGUUGUACCACCAUCUUCAACAACCUCACCAUUCAUACCUCAGUGCACAAGAUGAGGAGCCACCAGUGCUUAGCUACGAGGGUGGACCCAGAGCCGAUGGUUACCUUCAAAGCCAAUCAACGUCGUUAAGUGACGGCGAUCCUUCUGACAAAGAGGCGUCAACAGACGAUGAAGAAUCCCUAUCUUUGUCCUGUUCGGAAAUGAGCAGCAUCCACAACCAACAUCUUUCUGGGAUCCUCCAGUCUGGUUUGCCUCUUCCCCAGUACCCAGGCUGUUCCCAGAUGCAGGGAUGGGAUCCUCAAGGAGAGGUUCGGGGAACGGCGCUGCCCCACAAACUCAGACUCAAACACCGGGCCAUGAGCACCGGAAGCAGCGGCGGCAACUGCUCCGGACAGGAGUCCCCAACCACUCCUCCCUCUGCUACUCCUCCUCCCCUCCCUCAGCACCCCUAUCUUUCCCUCUCGCCGUUGCAGAACAUUAAGCGAGAGAGCUCGAGUGGAGCUUGCAAACUGAUGGCAUCAGGAGAAGGUGCAAAGAAGGAGAGUGACAAAAAGGAAAGCGGAGGGCGACGGAACAAGAGGCGAGAUUAGGAGGCGUCACUUUACAACUUGAAGAUUUAAAGUUCUCCCCUAAGACUUCUCUGCCAUCAUGCCUUUGCCCUACUAUGACAUGCCCUUCUGAAUCUGAGGACAUAUUUCUGGGCUGUACUACCCACCAACUCCCAGAUUAAAGAAAAGAACGGACAUAUUGUAGGCUGUGUAUCAUAUUUGUAUAUGUUGUACAGAUUUUGUCAUUUCUUACAUCCUCUCCAUACUUACUGAAGCAUGUUUGUUUAUGGGGUGAGGAGAAAUGGAACUCCAUGUUUUUUUUCUACUCUUCUCAUUCGACAGUAUCCAGUAGAAUACGCCGGCGAAAGCACACUUUUGAUAUACAAAAAAGGAAUGUAAGCGAAAACAAAAAGGAAAAAAAAAAUCAAUUUACAACAAAUUUGAUGCAUAUCCAGCUGUAGAUAAACAUACAAAUGUAUGGGUCUAUGCCUUAACUAUAAUCAGAUGCAAAUGUACACCUGGGAUAUCCCCUCGACCAAAGAAGCACCAACACUACAACUACUAGUUUUCAUGUCUCAGCCCUCACUCUUUCCCUCUCCCUAUGAACCAUCUGCAUCAUUUCAUAAGAGAUCAUGUCACAAUUAUUUUUGAAGCACUUCUUUUGUAUAUAAAUGUGAUAUAAAUGAAUAUAUGUAUCUAUUUUAAGCAUCUAUUUUAGGAAGAAAAAAAAAAGAAUACACAUCCAAUAAAAAUGCAGCAGGAGGGAUGAAUCUAAAAAAAUGAUCGUCCUCUGACAAAUCACAACCGUCGCACAGUGGGGGUGUAACAAGAACUUGUAGCAAAGAUAUUUGCAGCGAUAACCAUUUGCUGACAUCAUGUGACUGCGUCGAGUUUGUAAUCCAUCAGCGUGAGCCCUGGAUGCGAAGAUUUGUGCUUUCAGUUUGAGAGCUUCUAUGUUUGAGAUUCUUAUUUUGACGGAUGAAAGGAAGUAGUUCCAGAUUAGCCUUUCGUACUGACAGAAUCUGAUAGUAAAGAUUGCUUUUAGGCUCCCUAACAAGAUUGAAGUUUAAGUAGAAGACUCCACAACUUCUAAACCAAUGGUCUGACAGCACUUUGGUUACACUUACAGUGACAUUCCAGGUAGAAGUGAUUCAGUCGCGGCUAGCAAACUGCUAGCUGGUACCUGCUUAUGCUUCUAUGUGUCCACAGUUACCCAAAGAACUGCUUUUGAGGUUGUUGGGUUUUUUUUUUUUUUUUCAAAUGAUCUCAAGUUCAAAAUCUAAAAAUCUUGCGUCUCUUCAGUCGUCAUUUUUUAUCCACGACAGACCGCCGCCAACAAAGCUAACGUUAGCAUCUGCCUUCAUGCCUCCUAUCAGGUCCAUGAAAAUUAGACUGAUUAAAUUUAAGCUGCAUAGUUCUGCAUUGACUAGAAAGUUUCUGAAAAAAGCACAUUUUAAGAUGUCUUAAAUGUUUAUUUUAUUUUAAAAACCCUAAAAGGAAGCAGUUCAAUUACCUCAGAAUGAAACAAGUAUGAAGCCGAAGGUGUGAACUGAUUAUAGUCUUGUACAUUUACGUGAAAUUCACUCAUAAAAGGAGGACGCUUGUCUUAUUAUUGUGUGUCAUCUCGUCUCACGAGCUGUGUUGUUACACCCCUUCUGUGCAGCCAUGUUGGUUUUGGUUGCAGCAGGACGCAGUUCGAUUAAACCUUUCUCUUCUGAUUGUUGAGCUUUGGCAUUAAUCAUUGGUAAAUGUCGUGUUUACACAGAAAUGGCCAUCCGUUGCGGAGAGCCAGCAGCACUGAAGGGAGAAUUUGUUUCUCCCCGAGGCGUAAAGCCUCAGUAAAAUGUUUGGAUUAAUGAACCUUUAACCAGCCUUUAAAUAUUUGGUGGAAAUCACCGGCUGCAGGCUGUAAGCCUUUUUUAGUUUCUUUGAGCUUUAUCAACCAUAUCUUGUUGUUACUAUUCACUGGCCCGAUGUAUUUAUUUCCCUUGCCCGUCAACAUGCCAUUCACUGUACAAACAAAAGAAAAGCACAGGAACGCAGACGGAGAAUGUGUACAGACCCCUUCAGAUACAUAUCAUAGCUUAAAAGUAGAACGUUACAUUCUGGCAAAGGAGACAAAAGCAAGACGAGUUUAGACAGAUUCAUGUAAAAACACUACAGUGCACUGAGACUUAACGUAAACCCUGAAUACCUACUGUUUACUUUUUAUGUCACGGGCUAUGGUUCUGCAAUGUGACCAAAUAUGACUCUAAAGGCCCAUGACUCAUUGAAAAUUAUUUAUCAAAGGGGCAAGUAUUAUGUUAAAUUGACUUUUUUUAAAUUUUGCACCGUGUUGAAUUAUUCCCUCGCUAAAAACAUACCUGGAGUGUUGUCUGGAUUUGAGAAAUCCUUUAAUCUCCUGUGGCAACCAUUCAGCUGUGCAAAAAACGCCCGGGUGGACCAAGCCCCGCCUUCGAGGCGCAGCUACUACUGAAGGCGGAGUUUCAGAAAGAGCAAGAGUUUUUAAAGGGCCAGAAGCCCCAUUUCAAGACAUAGCGUUACAAAGUUAAAUUUCUUUUAAAUGAUAUUUGACAUACGUAGCAUGUUUUUUAACAACUGCACAGUUGCUCGAUUAUACUAUAAAUUGAUACUAUGUGCCUGGAAAACACAUAAUGCUGCCCCUUUUAAAAUUAGGCUAAAUAACUUAAUCCCAAAGGCAAAUUCUGCUUACAAUUCAACUGGACUAAAUUUCUUACCUUGAGCUUUAACUAAAAAGAGGGCUCCCUCCUCGUUUCCUGCCUCUAUUAUGCAUUUCAAGGGGUUGUAAAUCCCCUAAGUUUCAUGGUAGUUCUGCAACUGGAUUGUGACAAAAUGCCUUCACUGGAUUCUAGUUUAAUGUCUAUGUACCAUGUUUGGCUUCUGUUUCUUUUUUUUUUCUUUUUUUUUUGGUGCUUGUGUAUAAAUGUAAAGCUUUCACAAACACUGUAACGUUUGUUUCAUCGGGUUUCGUAUCCCGUUUUCUAGUCCAGGUGACGUUCCGUUAUCCCCUCUGCCAUGUCUUUGCUCCUCGCGACUGUGACGACAUGUGUUUGCCUCAUUCCUCUUCGUCCCCCUCACUUUUAAAGUGUGUAUUAAAACGGUAAUGUUUGUGGUUUUUCGCUGAUGGUUUUUAUGAAAAAAAGGAGAAAAAAAAAAAAAACACGGCUACUUUGGUGUGUUGUUUGAGACGGGUGGCGGUUGGUCCGGCUGGUCAUUACCAUGUAAAGACACUAAAAUUCAUUGUUGAAAGAUGGGAGCGUUUCGAGGAAAAUAAAAAGUGAUGUUGCCCUGUCGACAUAUCAACGAA